AUGGCCCUUUAUGACGCCCAGCGGUUCCCCGCUGCCUCGGAAGAGACCAUUCUAAUCUUCGGCGUACUGGGAUUCCAUUCGCAAGACGUAUGCAGAGCAAUCUUUAGACACUUCCUUGCUAUCGAAUACGGCCAUGUCACAGUUCCCGCCUAUGUCAGCCUCACACCUGACAAGAGUACCCUCUUUAUCUCUCGGCAGAAUAUUUCUUCUGAGCCGUUGAUGUUCUGUGUGCCUCUCAAAGGCCGCCGCGAAUCGGACGGAGAGGAACACCUCACGGACACGCAACGCGGUCAACGUACGGGCAUCCCAGUCGCUGUCGCAGAUAUAGAUGUAGAUCAGGUGAUGGUGGAUCUUCGCUGCGCGUUGGAGGAGCAUGGUUUGAAUCGCCCCUCAGUUCCUUUCAAGUCUCCGCUAGGGUCAAGCACUAAGAAUGUCUUGCAUGGAUCCACAGAUGUCCGAUCAACAACACCUCCUGAUCGGUUCUCAGCAGACGCAAGUCAAACCCGAUCAAGCAAGAACGAAACGCUCGGGAUGCGGCCCACACUCUGGCUCCUCAAGACCGGAAUAUAUUCCCAAGGAACGCCCUGUACAUUGUGGUCCAGGACGAGGAACAUGUGGGGAUCGUCUACUGGAGUUGAGUUUACCUUCCCUCGUUUGUUCUUGAAGGCGGCAUGGCUUGAGCAAAUGCGGAGUGUAGGCUGGAAGGGAGUCAUUGGACGACCACCAAGCGAACAGCAGUUCUUAGAUGCCCUCGCGCGGAAAGAUUUAGUAGCGUACUUCGGACACGGCGGAGGAGAACAAUACGUGCGGUCACACAAAAUCCGUCAUUUGCCGCGCUGUGCAACGACAAUGCUGUGGGGGUGCUCCAGCGGGUUACUGAAGGAGAUGGGUGAUUUUGACAGAGUAGGCACCCCAUUUAAUUAUAUGCUUGCUGGAUGCCCUUUACUGGUGGCGAAUCUUUGGGAUGUAACUGACCGCGAUAUCGACAAGUUCUCACAAGCAGUUUUUGACUCCCUGAGAUUGACUCCGACUCGUGGAGGAGAGUAGGGUAUGUCAGCAGUCACCGCAAUUGCACAAGCCCGAAAGGCAUGCAAACUCAAGUAUCUCACUGGGGCAGCACCAGUUGUAUAUGAGAUUCCGUCCUACCUAUAAUAAACAAU